AUGAAAGUCGCAUCUUUUAACAUCCAGAAGUUUGGAAAAAACAAAGUGUCAGACCCGGAUGUCCUCAAUAUCCUGGUUAAGAUUGUGUCCCGAUAUGACAUCAUCGUGAUCCUGGAGGUCGUGGACAUCAGCGGAGAGUCAGUAAAAACCUUGAUGGAGGCACUCAACAAAUCCAACAUGAAGCAUCACUACACUCUGAAGAUCAGCAGUCGUCUGGGAAGAACGCGCUACAAGGAGCAGUUCAUGUUCCUGUACAGGGAUGACAUGGUGGACCUGGUGGGCUCCUAUCAGUUUGAUGACAAGGCGACUGAGGGCGAAGACGUUUUCGCCAGGGAUCCCUACAUCCUGCGAUUCAGAUGCCUCAACACAGUGCUGAAGGAUCUGGUGUUGAUCCCAGUUCACACCAAACCGGAAGACUCGGAGACCGAGCUGGACGAGCUCUACGAUGUUUUCCAGCACGUCAAGAAGAAGUGGAGAACUGAUAACGUGAUGAUCCUGGGUGACUUCAACGCGGACGGCUCGUACGUCUCCAAGAAAGACAUGAAGAACAUCCGUAUCCGUACCGACAAGAACUUCCACUGGCUGAUUGGGGAUGAUGUCGACACCACAGCGAGCACCAAAAACAACCACACAUACGACAGGAUUGUGAUCUACGGAGACGACAUGCUCCACGCUGUCGUACCAAACUCUGCCAAACCCUUCAACUUCCACCGAGCAUAUGGACUCACUGAGGAGCAGGCGCUGAAUGUGAGCGACCAUUACCCUGUGGAGGUCGAGCUCAAGAAAAAACCCUCCUGA